AUGUCAUCUGGAAAGACUCUUACUCUAAGCAAUGGCGUGAAGAUGCCCGCCGUCGGCUUCGGCACCUUCGCCAGCGAGGGCUCCGUUGGCGAGACCUACGCUGCCGUCACCGCUGCUCUUACCACCGGCUACCGUCACCUUGACUGUGCCUGGUUCUACCUCAACGAGCACGAGGUUGGUGAUGCUAUCCGUGACUUCCUCAAGGCCAACCCUUCCGUUAAGCGUUCCGACAUCUUCGUCACCACAAAGGUCUGGAACCACCUUCACCGCCGCGAGGACGUUCUCUGGUCCGUCAACAACUCUCUUGAGCGUAUGAAGCUUGACUACAUUGAUCUCUUCCUCGUUCACUGGCCCAUUGCCUCCGAGAAGGAGACCCAAGAGAAGCCUAAGAUUGGCCCCGAUGGAAAGUACGUCAUCCUCAAGGACCUCACCGAAAACCACGAGGAGACAUGGCGCGCCAUGGAGGAGCUUUACGCAGACGGCAAGGCCAAGGCCAUCGGUGUGUCCAACUGGACCAUCCCCCAGCUUGAGGCCAUGAAGAAGUACGCCAAGGUCUUCCCUCAAGUCAACCAGAUUGAGAUCCACCCCUUCCUUCCCAACGACGAGCUGGUGAACUACUGCUUCGCCAACAAGGUCCUGCCCCAGGCCUACUCUCCUCUCGGCUCCCAGAACCAGGUCCCCACCACCGGUGAGCGUGUGGCUGAGAACAAGACCCUCAACGCCAUCGCCGAGAAGGGCGGCAACACCCUCGCCCAGGUCCUCAUUGCCUGGGGUCUCCGUCGCGGUUACUCCGUGCUCCCCAAGAGCUCCAACCCCAAGCGUAUCGAGUCCAACUUCAAGUCUAUUGAGCUUAGCGAUGAGGACUUCGCGGCCGUCAACGAGGUUGCCAAGGGCCGCCACUGCCGCUUCGUCAACAUGCGCGAUACCUUCGGCUACGAUGUCUGGCCCGAGGAGACCGCCAAGGGCCUGUCCAUGUAA